CGUGGACAGAGUCCCACUCCAGCUGGAUGAAUAGUACAUGUGUGUGCAGCUGCACUCCACCCACAGGACCUCUCACAGCCACAGCAGCAGCACUCAUCCACACAGGCAGAGGGACAUGGGUACCGAGGGUGAGCGGAUCAGCAUGGAGGCGGUUGGUAGCGUUAGAGGAAGAGGGAGAGACUCGCCAAUCAACAUGAACCAUUACGCCACCAAGAAGACCCUGGCAGAGAGCAUGCUGGACGUGGCGCUGUUUAUGGCCAAUGCAACGCAGCUGAAAGCGGUGCUGGAGCAGGGCCCGGGCUUCACGUACUACGUCACCCUUAUCACCCUCAUCAGCCUGUCUCUGGCCCUGCAAGUCGUCAUUGGGAUCCUGCUGAUCAUUAUUGCUCGUAAGAACCUAAACAACGUUUCCAAGCAGCCGAGCCUGGAUCUGAUGAACAACGUGGCCACGGCACUCGUGUUCGUCACCGUUCUCAUCAAUAUCUUCAUCACAGCAUUUGGGGUGCAGAAAACGGGCCUCUACCCUUCGCGGGGGCCACGGGGAGUGCACUGAGUGUGCCGUUUACAGGUCUGCAACUGCCGAGGUUCACCGCCCCCUGCUGGAAUCUGCUGAUGUCCUUCAACUAAAACCAUUUCUGAGUGUUUUUUUUUAUUAGUAUUAGGAAUAAAUACAUUUCAUGUGAGGAUCCGGCUCAUCUCUGACAUCUGAUGCAGAAUCGCACCUGCUGGGCCCUUCUUAUGUAGACAAUACUUGCAAGUGUUGCAAUGCUGCAGGUUUAGUUUUGUAAAUGUAUAACAAUAAACUCAGUGCAUUGUGGGUCUGAUGACAAAA